CACCGAGAAAGCGAACGACAACAACGUAGUCGACGACCAUGCUCAGCGCCUCCUCGCUCUCCGCCAACUUCCUCUCCUCUCUUCUUCCUCCCAAGUCAACCCCACCACCUCCUCCUCCUCCCUCUUCGAGCGCAGUGACAUGGCUCCACCUCCCGCCCCAGCCCGCCGACGCCCACCGCCGGAAGUGGGAGCCGCUCGUGGCCGACGUUGGUCCGUCGCCGUCGCCGGCGGCGAUGUCGACCGCGUGCCCUGCGCUGGCGUACGCGAACACCCUUUUCUUCAAAUCGACGUAUAACGUGCAGAUAACCGUGGACGACAACGAGCCGGAGGAGAGGCUGGUGAAUCGGUUCAGGAGGGAGGUCGCCAAGGCCGGGAUCAUCCCAGAAUGCCGGCGCAGGCGGUUCUUCGAGACCCAGCAGGAGUACAGGAAGCGGAAGACUCGAGAAGCUGCCAGACGGAAUCGCCGGAGGCGCCCACAAGCUAAAUUGGCAAAGCAGGCUAAAAAAGAGAUGCCUCAGAAGAAAAGGGCCGAUGAUGAAGAAGAUGAUAACUGGGAUCUUCCUCAAGGAGACCUUCCAUACUGACUGAUCUUUACAUGCUGAAUGUUAAGAAGAUAAUAGAUGAACAGCACAGUUCUGGUGCGAGCAGUUGUGAAGCAGACGGUACUGUUCUAGCAUUGAAUGGCUUGUAGUGCUUUGGUGAGAGAGAAAUUUCAUCACAUUAGUCAGUUCCAAAGCAAUGCAGUGAAGAGA